GCUACAACAAUGCACCCAGUGUACCUCUUGUGGUUCUGUCUUAUUGGAGCCACUGAGCUGAUCCCGCUGGUAAAGAGAGCCCCUGGAAAUGGUCACUCAACCCUAUCGCUCGACACUGGCUAUGAGGGAGAAGAGAUCACAGAUGAUGUUUUCUCCCAAAUCCUAAAAAUCAACAAAGGUAGCACAAUGACUCUUUACCAUGGAGACAUAGUCAUGAACUUAAAUAACGGUUAUAGUGCCUCGAAGUGUGUUGACUGCCUGUGGACAAAAUCUGCAGAUGGAACAGUUAAAGUCCCUUACAGCUUGUCUACUGAUUACAGUGAUGAUGAGCAGAGAUUUAUCCACCACGUGCUUCUGGACUUUUCCACAUUGACCUGUGUCCACCUAGUAGAACGCUCAACAGAAGAAGACUAUCUAGAAAUAGGCUCUGGAAACGGGUGUUGGUCUUCCAUCGGUAAGGUUGGUGGAGCUCAAUUUCUAUCGGUGAUGAAGUCUGGAUGUAUGGCAAGAGGUGUCAUUCAGCAUGAAGUUCAACACGCCUUGGGAUUUUACCACGAACAAAGUCGCAGUGACAGAGAUGACUACAUUGAUGUCAAAUGGGAGUACAUAAACGAUGAAGACAGGGUCAACUUUGAGAAAAUGGAAACAGACAACAUGGGUCUACCCUACGAUUACUCUUCAGUAAUGCAUUAUGGAAAGUAUGCAUAUACUAACACAUCCGGACAGGCAACCCUUAUUCCCAAACCUGACCCAAGUGUAGAAACUGGGCAAAGAUAUGGACUUAGCCCACUUGAUGUUUCAAGGAUCAACAAGUUGUACAAUUGCCAACAUUGCGGUUUCCUGUUAUCAGGGUACAGUGGGUCUCUAGACUCUGAAAAUUACUUGUCUGCAUAUUCAGAAGCAACCAGCUGUGUUUGGCUUAUAAGAGUGGACAAAAAGGUUCUCUUGGAUUUUGACACAUUUGAUGUGGCACUCUCUGCUGGAUGCUCCACUUAUUACAUCACAGUAUAUGAUGGUAGUACAAAGGAUUUUCCUGUGCUCUUGGACAAGGCUUGUGGCAACCAAGAGAUCCCUCUGCUGGUUUCUUCCACCAAUGCCAUGCUGGUGGAGUUUGUCCAUGAAGAACCUGUCACAGCAGCUGGCUUUAAGGCUUCCUACAGCUCAGUGUCCUGUGGUGGAACAUACACGGAAGAUGAAGGUACCAUCACAUCUCCUGAUUACCCCAAUCUGUACCCCAACCAAGCAGAUUGCAUUUCCACCAUAUGGGCUCCUGUAGGCUAUCAGAUUGUACUGAACUUUACCACCAUAGAUCUGGAGUUUUCCACCUCUUGUCUUUAUGAUUAUCUAAUUAUUAAUGAUGGAAGCAGACCCAGCUCUCCAGAACUGGGCAGAUUGUGCUGGGACAAUCACAUCCCGCCCAUCCUGUCCACAGGAAAUGUUCUUCUGCUCCAGUUCCACACCGAUAGUUGGUUCAACAAACCCGGCUACAGAGCUGACUACUAUUUUGUGAAGUCGUCUUAGACUGAAAGAUUUUCAAGCCUUUGUAUUUUCGCUGGAAUCGAGAAAAUUAGAAGACC